GAUAAAAUUCCUUCUUUCUUUUAUUUUUUUAUCUGAAAGAAGUAAAUUUCCAAACAAUCAAAAAGGAAAAGUCGAAGAUCAUGGCAACUACACCACCAACUCGGAGCCCCGAACUCCGAAAAGACCCGGUUACAAACCAAUGGGUCAUCUUCUCUCCGGCCCGAGCCAAGCGUCCUUCCGAUUUCAAAUCCAAAUCGCCGGAAAAUCCUAACAAUAAUUCUUCAUCAUGCCCCUUCUGCAUCGGUAACGAGCACCAGUGUGCACCCGAGAUAUUUCGAGUCCCGCCCGAUCCUAACUGGAAACUCCGGGUUAUUGAGAACUUGUAUCCAGCUUUGAGCAGGAAACUCGAUCACCCAAAUGGCCAGAAUGACGAUUCGAGUAGCGAGUUGAGCGGGUUGGGUUGGGUUGUAGCGGGAUUCGGGUUUCACGAUGUGGUGAUUGAAACUCCAGUUCACUCGGUUCAGUUGUCGGAUUUGGAUCCGAGUAAGAUUGGUGAUGUUUUGAUUGCUUAUAAGAGGAGGAUUGAGCAGAUUAAGCAGUUUGAUUCAAUCAAAUAUAUUCAGGUGUUCAAGAACCAUGGAGCUUCAGCUGGGGCUUCAAUGAGUCACUCUCACAGUCAGAUGCUAUCUCUUCCCAUUGUUCCUCCUAGUGUUUCUACUCGACUCAACAGUAUGAAGGAGCAUUUUAAUCAGACAGGGAAAUGUAGUCUCUGUCAGGUCCAAUCAAAGGACCUCUUGAUUAAUGAAACCAGCCAUUUCUUUUCCAUUGCUCCAUAUGCUUCUUCAUUUCCUUUCGAGAUAUGGAUAAUUCCCCGAGAUCACUCUUCUCAUUUUGAUGAACUGGACAAUAAGAAGGCAGUUGAUCUCGGUGGCUUGCUAAAACUCAUUCUUAAAAAGAUGGCUUUGCAGUUGAACAACCCCCCAUUCAAUUUUAUGAUCCAUACUUCACCAAUACAGGUUACUGACUCUGAGUUACCUUAUAGUCACUGGUUUUUACAGAUAAUACCUCAGUUAACCGGUGUAGGAGGUUUUGAACUCGGAUCUGGAUGUUACAUAAACCCUGUUUUUCCUGAUGAUGCUGCUAAAAUUUUGAGGGAACUUAAUGUUCCUAUAUAGGGAUUAGGAGCUGAUUAACAUCAUACUAGUACUGUAAAAUCAUAUUGCAAUAAGAAAAUGUUUCAAACAAUUUGCAUGAGGAAAUCUCUUGUAAACCUAUUUAAGCCACACUUUUCUAAUUUUAUCUAUUCGUAUUCAUUUGUGUGGUAAA